AUGGCGAGGGACUACCGCGAGCAGUACAAACUCCUCAACCGCAUGGCGAGACGAAAAUCAGGCUAUCGUCAGCUUUGGCGGAAUUGGGAUGAUUACUCCUCGAAGGGGUCUCAUCGCUGGAUGCGCUCUGACCGAAGGAACGACUGGGAGUCGGAGAAACGAAGAGAUCACUGGCACAGCGAUAUGGAUGAACUCGUCAAGAAAAUUGAAGCCGAUCCGUAUACCUUUCUGUUUGGGAAGAGCAAUGAGUACCUGCAGCUUCCGAGGAGCUGGUCCUCCUUCUGCCGCUCAUUCCUCAACCCAGAAGUAUCUCCAGAGCACACACGCAACACUUCUCCAGCAAAAGAGCAUCAUGAAAGAAGUAGCGCUUUUGCUGCGUCUGCAAAGACGCCAUCUGAGAAGGUAGAGAAUGAGAAAAAUAUAAAGAUGUCGUAUGCGACAUCUAGCCAUAAGGAACAUUUUCAAUUUGAUCCAAUCAGCGGUCGAAUGAGGCCGACAGAGCAACCGAAUACGCAAGGAAAACAGGUCGAGAAAGGCGAAGACAAUGGAAAAUAUAGCCCUACUAGUUUAUAUACGGGCUCUGAUGGAGCAAACUCUUAUAUAGCAACGCCCAUCCAAGAUGGUGAAUCGCAAGUUGGUAAGAAUAAUGUGCUAUAUAUGGCAGGACCCUCAGAACCUGUGUCUGUUACACCGGAAUAUCAAACCAAUUCUACCACUGAUACUGCAGAGCAAGGAAUUACACAAAAGACAAACGUCAAUGAGAAAGUAAAAGAAGACGACGUCGAUUUGCUACGUGCUAGUGAUAUCCGAGCAUCUUUCUUUACUGGCCCGACCAAACAGGAGAUGGCGGAGAAAAAAAAGUUGGCCAGGGAAGCUCUGGAACGGGAUUAUGCAUCUUCUAGUGAUUCUCGAACCGAUAUCAAUAAUGAGAUCCUCCGGGACUUGAAAUUGAAGAAAGACGCCGGUUUCACUACACCGAAUAAAUAUGCUAUAAUGAAGGACACGGCCAAUUAUUCUAUCAGGCAGGUCCUCGAAGAUGCGAGACAGUUCGUCGAUGACAUUAAAUCACUGGCGCAUGAUAUGCUAAAGACAUGCGAACGUCUAGAGGCAUUUGCUUUUCCUGCAGACACAUUUCGUGUGUUAGCUUAUGAUCCUGCAAGCUCUGAGAUUGUGUUUGCUGAAACGACCUCGUCCAUGCAUGCAAGCGAACGGAUACGCCAUCCAGCAGAGGUGUUGUUACACUUGAACAAUCCUGCAAAGUUUCUCCCACACUUGGUGAAGAUGAAGGCGGAAGGCUACGAAGUGGUUUCAGGCGGUGGUGAUAUCCUUAUAUUUCGAAAGACAGUGGAUGAAUUACGAGAAGGUAUGGCCGAGAUUGGGGAGGUCAAAUCCGAUGUAUUGCCUUCUAUGAACGAGAAGGAAAUUCCCUGCAUCGACGCCACUGUGUCUGAUUUGUCCCGGUCUGCACCCCAGCAAAGAUCACCAAAUUCAAGAAUAGUACAUAGACAGGAGACGGUAUACACAGGAGGUCCACCCAACUGGUCGCCAUAUCCACCGACUUCUUCAUCCACUGUGACAGAUGGUGAAGCAGUGAGCACGAGCGUGGGAGACAAACGGCAGGAGCAGGCCGAGCUGUCUAAACGAUCAUCUAGAAUAGGCAAAGGCAUUCGACGGGUCAUAUUGAGUGGGCUUGCGACCGCCGGGACAUUUUACGCAAUUGGGGUGGUCUGUGAAUAUUUUAUUACAGGUGGGCAAGACGGAUUGGGACCGGAAGGAUUCACUGAAUUUGAGGCUGAGAGGCGGCUUACGUUUGAGUCUCCAUUAUUACGAACUCUACUCAAUAGCAAUCUCUAUUCUCUACUGACAGGAUCCCGGACCCACCCCGUCUAUGUCUUGGCGGAAAUAGGAACAGGCUUAGCGCGAUAUUUCUUUCUCAAGCUAAGACAAAAAUCAAUGAUUUAUACGAAUCAUGUCAUGAAAGAUGGAAUAGGGGAUACCAACGGAGAACGGAACGGAGGUAACUGCAUAGAGGAUAGCGUGAGGGACGAGCUGUAUUGA